UACAAUAUAGAUAAUAAUGUUACAUAGUUCUACAUGUAAAAUAGUUUAAUCAUGAGUGAAGAAAACGCAAAUAUAGUGCAUGACUUUGAUAAUUUUAAGAAGAAUGUUUUUAUGAUAGCGUUUGGAUUAGUAUUGAUAGUUAUAGCAAUUGAUUUAUUGUUAAAAUUUUUGGUUUUAUUGAUUGACUUUACAGUAUGGCUUUUUCAAGUCAUAACAAGAUUGGUACAAGUAAAAUCAGCACGCGUACGGACGGUAUUGAUUGACAUCUGGAAAUGUUUCCUGUAUCUGUGCGACUUUGACGAUGGCAUCAAAUCAGCACAUACGUGUAGUAUUUGCAACUUUCCGAUUAACAAAUUGUCACAGUAUUGCAGAAAAUGCAGAUUGUAUGUUUGUUUGCAUUGUGAACAUGUUUAUGAGAAAAUAAGAGCAUGUAAGGAUCAUCAAGAAUUCGCCAGCGACAGCGCUAGCACGGACAGCGGAUCAGAUGAGAUGAAAACAUUAUCAGUACAAUUAGAAGAAGACAGACAAAACGAUUUUGUUGUAAAAGUACUAAAUAUGGCACUACAAUAUGUCCCGCAUAUCAAACUUGUGUCUUUCACAAAGAUAAGAAGAGCAGAAGUUUUAUGUUUGUAUAACAGAAAUUAUGAUAUUACAUUUUUAGAGACAUUAUGCCUCAAACGAAUGGACGAUUUAAAGCCGGACUACUUUCUUCGAGCAAAACGUGGUUUGGUGUAUUAUCCGUUAAAAAUUUGUCUUGCGGCUCGCUCGACAUCCGGAUUUUCACUAAUUAUUCAUGAGGAAAAUAUAUUGCAUUUUGUCCCUCUUUAUAUUCCCUUACAUGCAAGGCUGAAAAAUAUCUUUAAAAUGAUUUCCUGUCAAAAAGUAACUUACGAGCUGCACAGAGAUACAACGAAAUCAAUCAAAUCUGUGGCGGUUGAUGAAACAAUUUGUAGAAAUGUACUUUUCACCGAAUUCAAUAAUGGGAUUGCAUUGCUUCUGCUUAAAGACAGUACUAAUUUUGGACGUGUACGCACACUAUCUAUUACGUUCUACUCACCGGAAGGAGUAGAAACGCAUAAAUGCUUUUUGAAAAACUCGAGCGAAGGAAAACUUGCCUUACAGUCACCAGUGUGUAUGACAGGUACUGUUAACAACACUGUAGUCAUUUGCGAAUCAAACUACGAGGCAAAUCGUGUCAUUGAAGUUGAUACUGACGGAAAUAUAAUCAAAGAAGUUGACUUAACAAAACAAAUCGAAGGGAUGAUUAAUUCCGUCACCUGCGACGUCAAUGGAAAUAUCUAUGUCGCCGGAUAUCUAAAAAUAGUACAAAUAUCAGAACGAGGUUACCUGGUCAAAGAAUGCUUGUCUCUGAAGAAAGAUUCAAAAUACAAAUCUAUAGUUGACAUUAUGUAUUCGGAAAAGAAUAAACAACUUUAUGUUGUAUUUGACAAAAGAGUGAUUACUGGCACAGAAAAAUUAUUCUUUUUUGUGUCUUUUAAUUUGAUCCAAUCAUACGUAUGAUGGUUGACAAAAUACAUGUAAACUUUCGGUAACAAACAUGUAUACAUGUGAUUAUGUGUAAAAUUUGUGUUUUACCAAUUACCGUAUACACUAUGGUGAAUUUGUGGUAACAACGAUCUGGGUUUACUUGAAUUUGUGGUAACAACAGUCUGGAUUUGCUUGAAUUUGGGAUAACAACAUUCUGGAUUCGCUUGAAUUUUGUGGUAUUUUGAUAUCAACAUUCUGGAUUUGCUCGAUUUAGAGUAACAGCAAUCUGGAUUUGCUUGAAUUUGUAUUAAACAGCACUCUGAAUAUGCAAUGAGUUCACAAUUAUCUCACUUCUUGUUGCUAACUGGAUAUACAAAGUUACAAAAGAAUGAAACGUUCUUCAAGAAUGAGACAAUUGACCUUGACCACAUAAAUCCGAAUUACGAUAUGAUUGCAUAAUUUAAUUAUAUGAUUUUUUUUAUUUUGUGGCGUGCACAUAUUUAUUUGAUUAUUUGCUAUUAAACAAACAAUGUUGAUAUCACUUGCAAACUUGAAGUAACAACCAUGUGUAUUUGCCGUAAAAUCCAUGCGUAUUUGCCGUAAAAACCGUGUGGUAUUUGACGUAAAAACCAUGUGUAUUUGCCAUAAGAAUCGUGUGUUAUUGUCGUAACAACUGUGCUAAACGUUUAUGUCAUAAAUAGCGCACCUAAGCGUAUUUGAUGAUUAAGACUGAAUUAACUCAAACCCUGCUUUAAUUAGGUAAUAGAUUUGCCCAGAUUUUAAUUUGGAACCGUCCAUUUCAAGAUAAAACACGGGGGAGGAAGUGUUACACGAGGGAUGGAGUUCUUAUGAUAGCUUGUUAAGGAGUUCUUGUGAUAACUGUCACGGAGUUCGUCGGAAAACUAUUGUAUAUACUGCAAAAACACUCGUCGAAAAUGGUAAUUUUCAUCUUUAAAAAGUGAGUUUUAGGUGCUAAAUUUAACUUUAAUGAUUAAACAAAUUUAUACCCGAUUUUUCAAAUGCCCCGGAGUUCUUGUGAUAACUCAAAAUAUGUCCUGGAGUUCUUAUGAUAACUUUUGUUACUGCCAAUGUGUUCACGGCACGUUUUAGCGGUUUUUUGUUAUUCAAUAAAUUUGUAAAUCAUUAUGAAAUGUAGUACGUUCAUUUUUUUGCUGGGACAUUUGAAAAAAAUCGGCAAUAAUUUUUUUAGCCUUGGCUUUAUGUUUCCAAUUUUGCAGUAUAAUUAGGGAAUUAUGUAUUGUAAGGGUGAAGACUUGAAAUGAACAGGUCAAUACUUGCAAAUUGGCAAAUAAUUUGGAAAAUUUACACAAAACUUCCAGAUUUUAAGCAAGAGGGGGUGAAAAUUGGACUAUGAAUUAGUUUUUGGCACAUAAUAUAAUAUGUAAGGCAGACCUAAUCAUUAAAGUUUAAUUUAGCACCUAAAACUCACUUUUUAAAGAUGAAAAUAACAAUUUUGACGAGUG